UGUCUGGUAGAGUAUAGGGAGAGGGGGACAGGGAGAGAGGACAGGAGAGAGAGAGAGCGCCAGGGUUCACAUCUCUAUAUGGGUUGCGUCCUGACUGCGGAGCCUUGCUGUGGGGAGGAAGCAGAGCCUGUGCCCUUGGUGAGAGGGUCACUGACGCGCCGUGGUCCAGAGAGGUCCAACAACGGCAGGAUGAGGCUGACUAAGACAGGGAAGGGGGAGCCCCAUGUCUUCAAGGAGAAGACCUUUAAGAAGAACCGUCAGUGUGGGGUGUGUCGUCAGAGUGUGGACAACACGGGGUCCUUUUGCCGAGUGUGUAAAACAGCCACUCACAAGAAAUGCGAGGCAAAGGUGACCACAGCUUGCAUCCCAGCUCUCCCGUCUGAUCUGCAGCGCAAAGGACCUGCUCCAUCCCAACACAUCCAACACCUGGGCUCCACAAGGUCUUUGACUUACAACAAACAGAGGAACACCCUCUCCAGGAGUAUCAGUGUGGACCGUGUGAUGGAGAGAGUCAUGGAGCGUCAUUAUGACUUUGACCUGACCUACAUCACCGAGGGGAUCAUCUCCGUGUUCUUCCCCCCUCUGCUGGACGAGCAGCGCUACCGUCUCAACCUCAAGGAGGUGACCGCCAUGCUCAGGUCCAAGCACCAGGAUAAGUUCCUGCUCUUCAACCUCUCUGAACGACACCGUGACAUCACCCGCAUGAAUCCAAAGGUCCUUGACUUCGGCUGGCCUGACUUCCAUGCCCCUCCCCUGGACAAGAUCUGUGCCAUGUGUAAGGCCAUGGAGACGUGGCUGACCUCCGACCCCCAGCAUGUGGUGGUCCUGCACUGCAAGGGCAACAAGGGCAAAACAGGAGUGAUUAUUGCAGCCUACAUGCACUACAGCAAGAUCUCUGCAGGGGCAGACCAGGCCCUCAGCACCCUGGCCAUGAGGAAGUUCUGCGAGGAUAAGGUAUCUUCCUCCCUCCAACCGUCCCAAAACAGGUAUAUCUACUACUUUGGGGGGCUCCUCUCUGGGGCGAUCAAGAUGAACAGCAGUCCGCUAUUCCUCCACCAGGUCCUCAUCCCCACGCUUCCUAACUUCCAGGGCAAAGGAGGUUACUUCCCCUUCCUGAAGCUUUACCAGUCCAUGCAGCUGGUCUACACCUCAGGGAUAUAUGACUUGCAGGGUUCUGUGGGCAGAAGACUGUGUGUGACCAUUGAGCCAGCACUGCUGCUGAAGGGAGACAUCAUGGUGAAGUGUUACCACAGACGGGCCCAGGGUGCAGAGAGGGACACAGUGUUCAGACUGCAGUUCCACACCUGCACCAUCCACGGGGCCCAGCUAUGGUUCGGCAAGGGGGAGCUGGAUGAGGCCUGUACUGAUGAACGAUUUCCCUCGGAUGCCACUGUGGAGUUUGUCUUCUCCUCUGGACCAGAGAAAAUGAAAGGGCGUGAGUACCAGAGAAAUGACCCUGCUGUCACAGUGGACUACAACACAGCUGAUCCAGUGGUGCGCUGGGACUCCUAUGAGAACUUCAACCAGCGCUACCAGGACAGCCUCGAUGACAUAGCCCACACCAGGGGUCCAGUGGACGGAAGUCUGUACGCCCAGAUAAAGAAGCGUCUCUCAGCCCCAGGCUCUGGCUCCCUGACCUCCACCAAUGGCAGUCCAGCAGGCACCAGCGAGGAGAGGCCCAGUCAGAGCCAUCUGCUCUCUCCCAGCUCUGACUCUCUCACUCACUCCGGCCACUCGUCUGCCCUCCCAGAGCGGCCAGAGGAGUCCCGAGGGCUCCCGCCACCCACCCGGCAGGAGAGAGAGGACCUGGACCGACUGCUGGGGGGCAUCGAGGGGGAGAGGGAUGGCCUGGACAGAGAGAGGGAGACUGCCAUCCUGGACGAUGGGGACUCGUCCUCGCCGUCUGAGCAGACAGGCACCCUGAGGCUGGACCGCUCCUGUUCUUGCCGGGUGGGCUACCACUCCCAGCGCUGUGCCGAGCCCGGCUGUGACCGACUCCACCUCAUGUCCAGCGGCUACUGCCGGGACAGAGCGCCGGGCACCAACGGCCACCCUGGGUCACCGCCCUUGACUAACCCUGCCACCGUCCCCUCACACAUGGACCUGUGUCAGCACUACAGCCCACACCCUCACCCCCAUCAGGCCCUGCCUCCCCCUGACCUGGUAUGGAAUCGCCAGCAGGACCCUCCACACUACCUGCACCGUGAGGGACCCUCUCGUCACCCUUCUCUGUGCCCCUAUCCAUCCCAGGACCUGACCUCUCACCCCCACACCCUUCAUCCCGGGCGUCUGCUCUGUAGAAGUGAUGACUAUGGUCCGUACCACCACCCUCCCUCACACACCCACCAUCACCCUCACCACCCCAAGUCCUCCGGGUCCUACCAAGAUAUGCUGCUGCUGGAUGGCCUGCCGCCCCCUAGCUGCCCCUGCCGGGACUGCCUCAUCAGGAGGGAGGAUACAGCCUUCCACGGCCUGAGGCUGGAGCGAGGAGAGAGCUUCCACUGGGACAGAGAGGCAGAACUGCAGCAUCGGGAAGCAGGGCUAAGGAGAGUAAGGGAAUCUGAGCUGCCUAGAGGGGCAGAGAUGCACUGGGAGAGGGAGGCAGCAGGACUGAGAAGAGGCAGGGAGAUGUCACUGCACUGGGAGAGAGACAGGGAGGCAGAGCUCCAAUGGGAGAGGGAGAGAAAGGCCGACUAUUGGCACCGGAGGGCCUACAGGCUUCAGGACCACGAGCUACCUGCCUUCACCUUUGACCCCCUACCAUCCGGCCACCCUGCAUACCCGGAGGCGUCUCGCUCCCAUGGCCACGCCCACCUGGACCUGAAGUACAGCAACAGCAGCAGCAGUGGCUACCAGACCCCGCACCAGGUCUGCCUCUGCUCCCCCUACCAGCCCUCACCCUCUGAGAGCAGGGGUUAUGCCUCAGGCUACCAGUCUGAGUCCACCUCCCCUCUGCCCCCUCCCUCCACCCUGUCAGGCCCCUGCAGCCACACCAGAGGGCCAGCAGACCACCACCCCGAAGCCCACCCUCAGCAGUACCCAUCCGAGAGCCAGACAGAUGGAAGGGGGAUGAGUGAGAAUGUGAGUUGGCGGGACCACAUCUCCCAGGGUUCCUUCAAGAGGAUGCAUCCUUCAAGAGAUGUCCCAUGUUCCACGCCCUCUGACCUCUCUAGGCCGCCCACCCCUGUUCUCACCAGCAGCCCUCUGUGCACACAAGAAAGCCUCAGUCUAGGUGUGCAAGAGUGUGAAGUUGGAUCGACUGACAUAGUCAACAGUGACUGUGAGUCUGUCCAGUCUCAGGAUAGGCCCGGCAGUGCUGCUGCUCAGGGGUCGCAGGUCAACCAGCAACACAUCCCUGACCCUUUACAGUCUACAUCCGUGACACCCACACCUUCCCCCACCCAACCCAACAGCCACUGGACCACACUGACAGCAACACAACCACCCUCACCCUCACCCCACCAGCCCCAGAACCACAGUGCUACACCUUCACCCCACCAGCCCCAGAACCAAAGUACUACAUCUUCACCCCACCAGCCCCAGAACCACAGUACUACAUCUUCACCCCACCAGCCCCAGAACCACAGUGCUACACCUUCACCCCACCAGCCCCAGAACCAAAGUACUACAUCUUCACCCCACCAGCCCCAGAACCACAGUGCUACACCUUCACCCCACCAGCCCCAGAACCACAGUGCUACACCUUCACCCCACCAGCCCCAGAACCACAGUGCUACAUCUUCACCCCACCAGCCCCAGAACCACAGUGCUACACCUUCACCCCACCAGCCCCAGAACCACAGUGCUACACCUUCACCCCACCAGCCCCAGAACCACAGUGCUACAUCUUCACCCUACCAGCCCCAGAACCACAGUGCUACAUCUUCACCCCACCAGCCCCAGAACCACAGUGCUACAUCUUCACCCUACCAGCCCCAGAACCACAGUGCUACACCUUCACCCCACCAGCCCCAGAACCACAGUGCUACAUCUUCACCCUACCAGCCCCAGAACCACAGUACUACAUCUUCACCCCACCAGCCCCAGAACCACAGUGCUACAUCUUCACCCUACCAGCCCCAGAACCACAGUGCUAUACCUUCACCCCACCAGCCCCAGAACCACCGUGCUACACCUUCACCCUACCAGCCCCAGAACCACAGUGCUACACCUUCACCCCACCAGCCCCAGAACCACAGUGCUACACCUUCACCCCACCAGCCCCAGAACCACAGUGCUACACCUUCACCCCACCAGCCCCAGAACCACAGUGCUACAUCUUCACCCUCAACUACAACCAGCCAGCCCAGCAACCACUGCCACCCUGCUACACCCACUCAGACACCCACUGAGAAAGCUAGCCUAACUGGUCCAAAGACCACCCUUCCUACAGAGACUGCUAUACUGCCUCCUGUUGGCCAGCCCCAGUUCCAGUCCCCCAACCCUGUACCUGGAGCAUGUCCACUCAGGAAACUGACCACAGAGGUCCCUAAAUCCAGCUCCACCUCCACCUCGGCCACUUCCUCCCCCAAGCCUCCUAUCAGCAGUCUGGAAGGGUCCCCCUCCUCAGAACCUCCUGUGCCCGGCUUCGCCACCCUGGGCCGGAGGUUGAUGCUGGUCACUGAGCCCCCAGGACCCCUGCAGCACUACCCUGGCAUGGAGGGCAGCACCAGCGGGCACUCUCCAGCCCCUGAGGUACACACCACCCCCACAUUCCCCACCUCUGCCACCGGCUGCUAUCCCCAAUCUGUCCCACAUGUGCCAUACUCGAGCUACACUCCUGUCACCAUCCCCCAGUGCCCACUCCCAGAGAAGCGGGGUCAGUCUGCCCAGCCAGGGUCGCCUAAUUUCGGGGUGAGGACCCUGAGGCCAACCCCCUCACAGCACCAUGUCACCUUCUCUCCAACGGUGGGGGAGAUGGCGCCCCCUGCAGGCCAAGGAGAGGGAGUGCUAUCUCUGGAGAGUGAGAUGGCAGGCAGAGUCAGUGUUACGUUUGUCCAGGACAACUCACGCUUCUGGUACAAGCCUGGCAUCUCCAGGGACCAAGCCAUCGCUGCGCUGAAGGAGAGAGAACCAGGGGCCUUUCUUAUCCGGGACAGCAACUCCUUCCAGGGAGCCUAUGGCCUGGCGCUGAAAGUGGCCACCCCGCCCGCUAACCUCAACAACCACAGCAGCAGAGUGGUCGAUCCAUUGGAGCAGCUGGUGCGACACUUCCUGAUUGAGACGGGCCCCCGUGGAGUGAAUAUCAAAGGGUGUCAGAAUGAGCCCCAUUUUGGGAGUUUGUCUGCGUUAGUAUACCAACACUCCAUCACUCCCAUCUCUCUGCCCUGUUCCCUACGGAUCCCAGAGAAAGAUUCCAUUGGAGAAAUGCAGGAGCUGCCGUCGACUGCCAGUAACAUGAGCACAGCUUCAGACCUGCUCAAACAGGGUGCAGCCUGUAAUGUGCUUUACCUGAACUCUGUGGAGACUGAGUCACUGACCGGACCCCAGGCCAUCUCCAGAGCAACCGGAGCCACCCUGGCACAGAACCCCCGGCCAGCGGCCACAGUGGUCCACUUCAAAGUGUCCUCACAGGGCAUCACACUGACCGACAGCCAGCGCAGGGUGUUCUUCAGGAGACACUACCCAGUCAACAGUGUGACCUUCAGCAGCAUCGACCCCCAGGACAGGAGGUGGACUAACUCAGACAGCACAACUUCUAAGGUGUUUGGGUUUGUAGCCAAGAAGCCAGGCAGCAUGGCAGAGAACGUGUGUCAUCUGUUUGCAGAGCUCGACCCGGAGCAGCCUGCCUCAGCCAUCGUCAACUUCAUCAACAAGGUGAUGUUAGGGCCGCAGCGCAGGUAGAGAGACAGAAAAGGACCAAGCCAAGGACCUGUCACCGUAACAACACUGUCACAACUCCUAAAGAGAGUCAGGAGCCUACAGAAAUGCUUUACAGACCCACAAAGCACCAGUGGUGGUGGCAUCUUUUCAAAGACUGAGUUUUGACCCCAAAGGUUUCAACAUUUUAAACAUGACUGCCAUUUUGAAUUAUAAUCAAAAUGUAAUCAUUGUUUAUAUUCUAAUGUCUAUAAUGCCGACCUUGAUAGUUGCCUUCAAGUUACAAAAGCUUUGUUGUCACUUGUUAGUCAGUAAUCUAAGGUAUCAAUAAGUAGCCUAGCCUACCAAAGAUCUUGCCUCAACCCUGUCACUCUCCCUUUGACAAUCAUAAGUGUAAGUCAACCAAAAUGUAGAAGAUGAUUUAGUCCUACAGUAGGAUACAGUAGGCUACAGUAGACUGACUACAUUAGGCUACAGUAGAUUACAGUAGGCUACAGUAGACUACAGUAGGCUACAGUAGACUGACUACAUUAGGCUACAGAAGGCUACAUUAGGCUACAGUAGAUUACAGUAGGAUAAAUAAGGCUACAGUAGGCUACUCUGGACUGACUACAUUAGGCUACAGUAGACUACAUUAGGCUACAUUAGACUACAUUAGGCAACAGUAGAUUACAGUAGACUACAUUAGGCUACAGCAGGGUAUUUUAGGCUACAGUAGACUAUAGUAGACUACAUUAGGCUACAUUAGGCUACAGUAGAUUACAGUAGACUACAAUAGGCUACAGUAGAUUGACUACAUUAGGCUACAGUGUAUUACAUUAGGCUACAGUAUAUUAGAUUAGGCUACAUUAGGCUACAGUAGACUACAUUAGGUUACAGUAGACUACAGUAGGCUGCAGUAGACUGACUACAUUAGGCUACAGCAGGGUAUGUUAGGCUACAGUAGAUUACAGUAGACUACAGUAGACUGCAGUAGAUUACAGCAGAUGACAGUAGGCUGCAUUAGACUGACUACAUUAGGCUACAGUAGAUUACAGUAGACUACAGUAGGCUGCAGUAGAUUACAGCAGACGACAGUAGGCUGCAGUAGACUGACUACAUUAGGCUACAGUAGACUACAUUUGGCUACAGCAGGAUAUGUUAUGCUACAGUAGAAAGUAAAAGUGAGAAACGUCUAUUUGUAAUGUGCAAGCGACAGAGUGUAUGUGGUUAGGGUAUCAAUGUGUGGGGAGGCUAGGGGCUAGGGUACAGAUAUGGUAAUGUGGUGGAGGCUAGGGGCUAGGGCACAGAUAUGGUAAUGUGGUGGAGGCUAGGGGCUAGGGCACAGAUAUGGUGAUGUGGUGGAGGCUAGGGGCUAGGGCACAGAUAUGGUGAUGUAUGUGGAGGCUAGAGGUUAGGGUACAGAUAUGGUAAUGUAUGUGGAGGCUAGAGGUUAGGGUACAGAUAUGGUAAUGUGGUGGAGGCUAGGGGCUAGGGCACAUAUAUGGUAAUGUGGUGGAGGCUAGGGCACAGAUAUGGUAAUGUAUGUGGAGGCUAGAGGUUAGGGUACAGAUAUGGUAAUGUAUGCGGAGGCUAGAGGUUAGGGUACAGAUAUGGUAAUGUAUGUGGAGGCUAGGGGCUAGGGCACAGAUAUGGUAAUGUGGUGGAGGCUAGGGGCUAGGGCACAGAUAUGGUAAUGUGGUGGAGGCUAGGGGCUAGGGCACAGAUAUGGUAAUGUAUGUGGAGGCUAGGGGUUAGGGCACAGAUAUGGUAAUGUAUGUGGAGGCUAGAGGUUAGGGUACAGAUAUGGUAAUGUAUGUGGAGGCUAGGGGUUAGGGCACAGCUAUGGUAAUGUGGUGGAGGCUAGGGGUUAGUGCACAGAUAUGGUAAUGUGGUGGAGGCUAGGGGUUAGGGUACAGAUAUGGUAAUGUAUGUGGAGGCUAGAGGUUAGGGUACAGAUAUGGUAAUGUAUGUGGAGGUUAGGGGUUAGGGCACAGAUAUGGUAAUGUGUGGAGGCUAGGGGUUAGGGCACAGAUAUGGUAAUGUUGGUGGAGGCUAGGGGUUAGGGCACAGCUAUGGUAAUGUGGUGGAGGCUAGGGGUUAGUGCACAGAUAUGGUAAUGUGGUGGAGGCUAGGGGUUAGGGUACAGAUAUGGUAAUGUAUGUGGAGGCUAGAGGUUAGGGUACAGAUAUGGUAAUGUAUGUGGAGGCUAGGGGUUAGGGCACAGAUAUGGUAAUGUUGGUGGAGGCUAGGGGUUAGGGCACAGAUAUGGUAAUGUUGGUGGAGGCUAGGGGUUAGGGCACAGAUAUGGUAAUGUUGGUGGAGGCUAGGGGUUAGGGCACAGAUAUGGUAAUGUUGGUGGAGGCUAGGGGUUAGGGCACAGAUAUGGUAAUGUUGGUGGAGGCUAGGGGUUAGGGCACAGAUAUGGUAAUGUUGGUGGAGGCUAGGGGUUAGGGCACAGAUAUAGUAAUGUUGGUGGAGACUAGGGGUUAGGGCACAGAUAUAGUAAGUCCCAGAGAUUAUGGGGUAUUGUUAUAUUGAGUUCACAUGUACGUUCUUAUGAGUUGUGCCCUAGAAAGAAACGCUUGCAGUAACCAAGAACAACCAAGGAACAAGGGUGUGCCACACCACUGCCCUCCCCAGUGUAUUGUAUAACCAUGGAUUCUUGUGUCAAGCGCUAUACACAAUAAUAAUAUCACUUCAAAUAGUCAUGUAGUUCUAUUAUACACAUAUAUUAUGGGUCAAUUAUCUAACCUAUGGUGCAAAUAAUAUUCCUUAUUAUAUUGUAUAUUAUUGAGAAAUAUAUUCAAACAUUAAAAACAAGACAAGGAUGAGGUCCUGUCUUUGCCACAACGUCAACGUAACGCUCACAUAUCUUUUUACCUGUAUGACUUUAUGUACAAACACAAAUCAGAGAGGUGUCUAAGGUCCUAUGUACUUAACCAAAGACAAAGCACUCCUGUAUUAAGAUUGAAUCAUUCAUAUUUUUAAGCUUCAUGUGUUUGUAUUGUUAGAGUUUUGCAUUGUUUAUGUUGGACAUGAAGACUACUUUGUAUAACAGUGGUAAUAUAUUGUGGUCUGUUUUCUUAUUGAUCUUUAUAUGUAGUAAUAUAUUUUCUCACAUGCAGCUAGGAAAGUGAAAGUCAAAAGGAAACAUUUGUAAGGAAAAUAAUCUGUUAUAUGCUAUUUUUUUAAGAAAGCUUUGUAUGCACAAAUGAAUAUAAUAAUACAAAAGUUGUGGUACCAAAUCUGA